AUUCAAAUUGUAAAUUAUUUUUUUAUUAUCCGUAGAGGUUGUACAGUAGUAUGAAAUGCUCAUAAUAGCCAAGGAGUUGAAAAGUACCCGCUCUACGAGAAGAUUGGAACAUUCCUCUGACGUUGGUUGUUCCAAUUGAGUUAUUAUUGGACUGCACAAACUAUGCAAGAUGGAUAUGCUAACUUGGAUUCAUGGAAGUAUCCAAUUUACCAUACUUUUUUAUUAUUCUUAUUCUCUCCCAUCCCCUGACUUUCAACAGAGGCUGCUUGAUAAACAACAGGACUUGGAAUGGCAUCAAGUACUUCCAAGUGGACCUAUUCCUCAACUAUGCCAAAUUCCAGGAUAUUUAAGGAAGAUGCUGUAAUAUUCUUUGAUCCUUUCAAUUGUUGCAAUAUAUUCUCAUGCCACUUUUGUAGGAACGUGCCAUGCUGUUCUGACUUCUGAGGAUAUGCGGGGCCUCCAAGCUUGAACACUGCUCCUGCUUUCUUCUUUGAAAGGAAAGAAGCACCCUUCCCCUGAUGGAAAGCUACAGAUGAAUUGGCUUUCGGGUUCAAAUGCUGAAUCUCAUGCCAUCAAUCUACUAAGGCUGCUGCACAUCUGUUCUGCAUGUGGAGAACCUUGGGCUGCUAUAAGUAGAGCACCAGAACCGCCUGCUUCAAAAGCCGUCAAUCCUUGGCAUUUUGGAGCUUUUGACUAUUGAGGAUGGAAGCAAUUCUUGAAGGACCAAAGUACGAGUGCUUGCUGUUUGAUCUAGAUGAUACUUUGUAUCCCUUCAGCGUUGGCAUCAAUCUAUCUUGUCGCAAAAAUAUACAAGAUUACAUGCGGCACCAUCUGCUAAUUGAAGAAAGCCAAAUUGCUGAAAUGUGCCUGGACUUGUACAAGGAAUAUGGCACCACAAUGGCUGGCCUUAAGGCAUUAGGCUACGAGUUUGACAAUGAUGAGUUUCAUGCAAAUGUUCAUGGUACCUUACCAUAUCACAAUCUGAGGCCUGACCCUGUUUUGAGGACCCUCCUAGUUUCGAUUCCACAGAGAAAAAUAGUAUUCACAAACUCUGACAAAGCUCACGCAGAGGAGGCUCUGCACAGGCUGGGUUUACAGGGUUGCUUUGAUGGUGUGAUAUGCUUUGAGACACUGAAUCCUUGCAAUGGUUUAAGUGAGUCCCAGAGGUGCAUGGUGUUCAAGGAUGAAACAUCUGCCGGCUUGGUUGAUCUGAAUGAAUCUGAUGGGUUCAGACCCAAAUCGCCCAUCCUCUGCAAGCCCUCCAUUGAAGCCAUGGAAGCUGCAAUUCGGAUUGCAAAUAUUGAUCCCAAGAAGACAAUAUUUUUUGACGACAGCACUCGGAACAUAGCUUCAGGAAAGGCUGCAGGCUUCCAUACUGUGAUUGUUGGCAGGUCGACACUUGUUCCCGGGGCUGACCGUGCUCUGGAGAACAUUCAUAACAUGAAGGAAGCUUUGCCCGAGAUAUGGGAUGGUCAGGAUCGGUCGGAAUCUGAAGUUAUUCUUGCUUCCAGCUCUGUCGGAACUGCAGUGGUUGCUUGAGUGCGUCACCCUGUGGGUCAUCCAUCAUGGAGUACUUAGGGUGUUUGGUUCGUUAGAGGUUUAUUUUAAGCCUCGUCACAUUGGAUGUUUAGAUGCUAAUUAGGAGUAUUAAAUAUAGAUUAAUAAAAAAAUAAAUUUUAUAAUCCUAGGCUUAUUCGCGAGACGAAUUUAUUAAAUCUAAUUAGUCCGUGAUUAGUCCAUGUGAUGUUACAGUAAACAUAUGCUAAUUAUGGAUUAGUUAGGUUUAAUAGAUUUAUCUCGUGAAUAAACUCUAGGUUUAUGCAGUUAGUUUUAUAAUUAGUUUAUACUUAAUCUUUCUAAUUAGUAUUGAAACAUUCGAUAUGACAUGACUUAAAAUAAACUUUAGGAAACCAAACACCCCUUAGUGUGAGUUUGGAUAGUGGAUGCAGAAGAUGCGUCCUAGCUUCAUUGAUGAAGACAUUGCAAUUAUAGUUCCAACUAUUAAUGGAGCUGUAUCAGUUGGAGCAGUGUGAGCUGAAGUUGCUGAACAUGCAUAUGCAGUAAUUCUGCAGAUGCUAUUCGCAUUCUCGGUGUACCAUUCUCUAUGUACCACGUUUGUACCGUACCUCGGAAUAAACUAAUAUAAGUGACAGUACUCUAAUAUGAAA